AGCAGAGGACACGUGAUUGGCUGACUGACGUAUGGGAGCUCCACACGGGGACUUCUCUCAACUGUUGUUUCAUCGUCGACAACACCGUCAUCCCACCAUCUCAGUGGUUUAGGGCUCCAAAGUCCGUUGAAACUGUAAAAGCUAUGCCUUUCCUUGCGUGGCCUUUCUACCUCCUCAUCCCAACAUUCAUUCUCGUCCAUCUUUUCGUCUCGCCGUACACGAAAGUCGAGGAAUCGUUCAAUAUUCAGGCAAUUCACGAUAUCUUGAUCCACGGCAUUCCGACAGAGAACUAUGAUCAAUUUCUUACCGCAAACUAUGAUCAUGUCUCGUUUCCUGGAAGCGUGCCGAGAACGUUUGCUGGAGCCUUGGUUUUGAGUGGACUGUCGAGACCUUGGGUUGGCCUGUUCAGUUCCACUGCUCAAUUGCAGCUACUAGUUCGAGGUGUGCUUGGUCUACUCAACGCAGCGGCCCUCAUUGCCUUUGGCAGAAGCGUACAGACGGCCUUCGGGACGAGUGCGGGCAUUUGGUAUGCUCUGUUCCAGGCGAGCCAGUUUCAUGUCAUUUACUACGCAUCACGAACGCUGCCAAAUAUGUUUGCUUUUAUCUUCAGAGGUAAUCUUGCGUUACGGAGUCUCCUCAACGCGUAUGCGCUUCCCUGGAAUGACCGGAAAGGGUACCGUUUGGGUCUAUAUCUACUAACCAUUGCCGGCAUCGUUUUUCGCUCUGAGCUUGCUAUUCUAGUCGGCACCAUUACAACUUACCUAUUUCUGACGCGGGGAAUCUCCAUUACAAGGAUCAUCAUUCCAGCAGGACUUGGAGGUGUGGUCAUCGGGUUGCUUUGUACCGUACCACUGGACUCCUUCUUCUGGCAGUCUUUUCCACUAUGGCCUGAAUGGACUGGGUUCUAUUACAACACCGUUCUAGGACAUUCGGCGGACUGGGGUGUGUCACCAUGGCAUUACUACUUCCUGAACGCACUGCCGCGACUACUUCUGAACCCGGCAACAUAUCUACUCUGUAUACCAGUUGCUCUUCUCAAUGUAGCAACUCGAAGACGAAGCCUAGAUCUGCUCGUCCCUAUGCUGACCUUCAUUGGACUGUACAGCUUCCUUCCACACAAGGAAUGGCGCUUCAUCAUCUAUGUGAUUCCUGGCUUUACAGGUAUCGCCGCGGCUGGAGCAUCCUGGAUCUGGACUAGAAGAGGGAAGUCGCUCGUCUACGCUGUUCUCAGUCUUGCCCUUGUAGGAUCAGUCUUGGUCUCUUUUGCCGCCUCCACCGCAAUCCUUGCCAUCUCUAGUUUGAACUACCCCGGAGGCGAGGCACUUGGUGUGCUCCAUCAUGGGUUCUACCACCCAUCAAACCAGCAAUUCAACGUCCAUUUUGGCAACCUCGCAUGUCAGACAGGUGUUACACGUUUCCUCGAGAGCCACAGGGGAUCGCAAACAGUGCUUGAUGUGUUAGAAGCACAGUCUACUAUUCAGAAGAGGACCUGGGUGUAUGACAAGACUGAAGACCCGUCGGCCCUCCUGGAUCCAAUGUUCUGGACCAAAUUUGACUAUGUCCUCGCGGAGAGCCCGGAAACGGUUAUAGGGAGUUGGGAAGUAGCCCACGUUGUGUACGGGUUUGGGGGAGUAAAGUUGCUGAAGCCUGGGCAGGAGAGUGGCUCGCCAGUUGAGCCACUGUAUGGUGAUGAUAGCAGACGGGUGAGGAUGGGCGAGGACUGGACCUCAGAGGUUGCAAAGGCCUGGCAUUACUUGGAAGGGCUGCUGAGAAACCAGGUGCUGCGCGGGUAUUGGGUCGAGGUGCGGAUGGAGCCCAAGAUCCGCAUUCUGUUCAACCAGAUGAAGCAUACACUGUAG